CACAUGUGGUACUGGUAUCCACUCCAAUACUUGGUCUCUUCUCUGGGCCUCGAGUCUCGACAUUGGGCUUCUUCUGAGCUCAAAAUCAUGAGUCUUGAGUCGGCCCAGACACCAAAUUCAAUGAAAAUAAAGAAAUAAAGAAAAACAACAAUCGGCAAAAUGAAUCCCUCCGGUCCGGUGCCCCAAAAAUGCUGGCUUGCCAUGAGACCAAAUUUGAACUCCCUGAUAAACCUCCACUCCCCUUUACGUCUUCUUGUCUUCUCCCCAAAAUUCUCCAGCGCCAGCUUCUUCUGUAACCCCGCCGUUGCUUCCCCGAUAGCGCUUCGAUCGGCAACGAAAAGUUCAGUCGGGACCAGAGCCGCAACCACUUCGCGGCUUCUUCUCUGUCGCUGCACCUGCACAACUAUGGCGACCGCUCCUCCGCCACCGGAGGCGGUGGUUCCGGUGAGGGACAAAAUUGAACUGACGGAGGUUGAAAGGAAGAUAUUUGACAGGCUCCUCGCCACGCUCCGCCACUUUAAUUUCAGCACGGAGCUCCGCGUCGCCGGCGGUUGGGUCCGCGACAAGCUACUGGGGAAAGAGUGCUACGACAUUGAUAUCGCCAUUGACAAUAUGUCUGGGAGUGAUUUUGUUGAUAAGGUGAAGGAAUAUUUGGAAUCGGUUAACGAAGUAGCACAAGGAGUUGGUGUCAUUGCUCGCAAUCCUGACCAGUCCAAACACUUGGAGACUGCGAGGAUGAGGCUAUUUGAUCAAUGGAUUGAUUUCGUUAACUUGAGGAGUGAAGAUUACAGUGAGAACAGUCGCAUCCCGACAAUGAAGUUUGGAACUGCUGAAGAGGAUGCAUAUAGAAGAGAUUUAACCAUUAACAGCUUGUUCUAUAAUAUUAAUAAGAGUUCAGUCGAAGACCUUACAGGCAGAGGCAUUGCAGAUCUAAAAUCUGGAAGAAUAGUGACCCCUUUACCUCCAAAGGAGACCUUUUUGGAUGAUCCUCUUCGUGUUCUUCGGGCUAUUCGGUUUGGGGCAAGGUUUGAGUUUAAGAUAGAUGAAGAUCUCAAAGAAGCGGCUAGAUGUGAGGAAGUGAAAAAUGCUCUUGCAGCUAAAAUUAGCAAAGAGCGUGUUGGAACUGAGAUUGAGCUAAUGAUCUCUGGUAAUCAACCUGUCAAAGCCAUGUCAUACAUAACCGAUUUGACAUUGUAUCCAAUUGUCUUCUGUCUCCCACCUAAUCGUCAGCCAGAAGUCUCUGAUGGAUGCCAGACGCAGUCCAUGGUGUACUUGGAUGCAGCAUGGAGUCUGAUUCACUCAAUUGGAUAUACUUCAUUCACUGAUCAGCAAAGGCGACUUGCUUUAUAUUCAGCUCUGUUUCUUCCCUACAGAAAUAUGACAUAUAAGGAUGCUAAGGGGAAAAGGAUGCCGGUUGUCAACUAUAUUUUUAGAGACUCUCUUAAGCAGAAAGCCAGUGAUCCUGACUUGGUGAUUAAGGUACAUCAGUCAAUAGAUAAAUUUACAACAUUGAUUCCUUCAUUUACAUCCAAGGAAGAAACCAUGCCCCCUGAGGUCGACCAGGAAAUGGAAUUUGCUGAUGUGCCCACCACUUCAAAGCUCCGAAUUUCAACAGGAUUCCUACUAAGAGAGGUCAAAGAUCUAUGGCGAAUUGCUCUACUGUUAUCUACAAUGUUACACCCCUCUGACUUAGCUUCUUCUUCCAUGGAGGAUAAUGGUAAACCCGAGCUUGACAAGAUGAAAGAUUUGUUCAAGGUAGUCGAGGCCGCCAUCCUUGAACUAGGUUUGGACAAUGUAUGGGACAUGAAGCCAUUGAUCAACGGGAAAGAGAUCAUGAGCGUCCUACAGCUUAAAUCCGGAGGACCCCUUGUCAAGGAAUGGCAACAAAAGAUACUGUCAUGGCAACUUGCUCAUCCAACUGGGACUGCUGAUGAAUGCCUUGAGUGGAUGAAGGAAACCCACUGCUCGAAGCGCGCCAAAACAGAGUAGAGCUGCUGCUGCGGCUUCUUCUGAUGCUGAUGCUGAUCAUGAUUAUGAUCUUAAUGGAAGUUUGCUCCUUUUCUUUUUUGCACUCCUGACUAGCAAUGGAACGUGCAGAGAUCAAUUUUGGGAAGUAUUAGACUAUGAUCACAAUCAUGGUUCUGCAUUUCCUUACAGACUAUCAUUUGUCAGAAAAAGGGGAAAACGCCAUGAUUGUUGGUGCUUUGAGUACAGUCUAAUAGAUUAACCACUAGUAGUUCUUGUUCUUGUUCAUAGAGUAUUAAGUUACUAACAAAAACAGUUACAACAUAGUCUACAUUAGUUUGACAUGGAUCAGUUGGCUGACUCCCUUUGGUUCAUUUGUCGAGGUUGUGCAAUACUUUGAUUCAGACUAGGACCAAAUCGAAUUGGCCUAAAACCAGACCAACAUUUAGAAAUUUAGAAAUAAAUUUAAGAUUGUAAU